AAACCCUUUACCGGACAGUUGGGAACUCACGCGCCCGUGCUUCUUAUAUAUAAUAAACACUAACCUGUCCCUUUUCCAUUUUCGAAAAUAAAAUUUUAACGAUCAAGCCUCUCUUUGCUCUUAGUUCUCGAUUUCCUCUCAGAUUUUGGGUUCGAGGGUUUGUUGGAUUCGAGGUGGGUUUUCUGAAGCCAUUCUGGGUUGUAAUAAUGAUGGAGAGAGAUUUCAUGGGUCUAGGCUCGAAAGAGCCGGUGGCUGUGUUGAAGGAGGAGAAUCAUGACGAUGGUGGCAGAGACUCAGGGUUGACCAGAAGUGCUGGUGCACAUUGGCCUUUCUCAAACAAGGUCUCUGCAAUCCCUCAGGUGUCUUUCAGAGGUGCUCAAGAAGAUAAGACGAAGAAAAUGGUACCUGAUUCCUUCUUGUCCUCCAGAUUUAUGCCCAUCUCAACUUCAGAUGCAUUUGAUCCUUCUCAGAAACAACCUACAUUUGAUGCACAGAAGUACAUCAAUCACGAUAGGCAAGGUGGCACUCAUUUUUCCAUGACAGCUUAUCCUAUGCAACAUGAUAUGCAGUCUGUGUACCGUCCUUAUGACAUGAAGAUGUUUUCAGUUUCCAAUCAAGGUAUUACUGUUCCUAUGGGCAACCCAUACUUGAAGAAUCAUUUUGCAUCUAUGGGUCAGAAUUUUGCUGUCACUACCACCAAGCAACAAUUCUUUGGAGGAAUGCCUGUUACUACUCAAUAUUCAGUUCCUCCAAGUCCAGGGUCCAUUGUUGGGACCACUGAACCACGGAUCAAUGUCAACACAUCUGGGUCUCCUUCUCAGAUGACAAUUUUCUAUGAUGGUAGCGUGAAUGUCUAUAAUGAUAUCUCCCCUGAGAAGGCUCAGGCUAUGAUGGUUUUAGCUCAGAAUGGUUCUUCCGUCCCUUCUAAUGGUGCGCACUCAAAAGCUGAAGCACCAAGAGCAAAGUUCCCUGCCGAAGAUUGUGUUCCAUCAAAUCAGACUAUAAAUACCCCACCUUCUGCUUUUCCUAGUCAGUUGUCAGUUUCUUCACAUACUGGCAUCCAAUCAGUAAGUGGGUCCACAAGCACUGAUGAACUGAUGGCAGCUAAAACCACAGGGCUUCCAACAGCUCCUGUUAGUAAAGUGGAGCCUCCAAGAACUGCAGUUAAAUCUGUUGCUGCAACAACUAUGAAUCAUUCUGCUAUUCCACAGGCUCGCAAAGCAUCCUUGGCUCGAUUUUUGGGGAAGCGCAAGGAAAGGGUAAUAAAUGCAGCACCAUACAACUUGAGCAAGAAAUCUCCAGAAGGCAGCAAACCAGAAUCUAAUGGAAUGAAUUCCUCCACAAGCAGAGGAGAACAAAAAUGAUGCAUGAUGCUAAUGUGGAAGCAUACACCUCAAACUUAUGGAGUAUGUGAAAUAUGUAAAGCACAUUGUACCUUGAAAUUAUUGUUCCCUGACAAAUAAUGAUGUGUUAGAUGGGGAAAGGCACUGGGAUGCCCUUGGAAAGGCUAUCAGGGACAUAUUUCUUUACAUUUGAAGUCUGAAUCAAGUAGAACCCUUGUCUUGUAUCUCCGAACUGUUGGUAGGGGCUUCUACAUACCAAAGAAAGUGUUAUAGGGGGUAAUCUCCCUAUGUUCCCCUAUUGUUUUGAAUGGUGGUGUUCGGAUCCAUUUGCUGACUCCCCUAUUGUUGUGACUAUUGUUUUGAAUGGUGGUGAGAUUCAUUUUUCGACU